AUGGUCAAAGCAUUGUUGGUCGUCUUCCUUUUUUUAAUUUUGGUUCAUCAAAGUUUUGAGGUUGGUUUUUUUUUUCUAGAAUGUCCGUCCUUGAAAAAUUUCGAGUAUCUGGGUCUCUCUGUUUUCUCACCGGCGAGGUCAGAGAGAAUGAAAAAAGUACGAAAAAAUGAGAGGGUCGAAGAGAGACGAGGAGGGCGCAGAGAUGUCCCGUCCCUUCAAGAACCAAAAACCGACUAUAUCUUAACAUAAUCAGAGUGUAAAUGAUGGAUGCCGCUAAGAAACCGCGACGCUUUGAGCCAUUCCAAACGCGAUAUUUCAGGCUUCAAACCUGCUUUGUUCGCUGUGCGGCCGAGUGGUGACGUUGGUCCGAGAUACGAUAAACGACGCCGAGGCUUUCACCAGCACCGAGAUCACCAACCUUGUCGAGGUAACCCUGUAAAAACUUCAGUCGCAAUGGUUUGAAACGGUCGCCCCUAGAAAGGCCGGAGUGGUCCCUACAGAGAUUAGAGGAAAGACAGUUCCUAGAAAUAACAAAAAUUGUUCUGUAGGGGUAAAGUUGGGUAGCCUAGGGUCUGAAUCAUAAAAAGUUCCGGAAGCUCAAAUGGUCUUUUUUUGGGGGGUUUUGCGCAUGGAAAUUUUUCUUAUUUAACAAUUAUCGACAAAAAUGUCCCCUGUAGGGCUCACUAACUAAAUCCCCUAUAGCAGGCACUCCUUCAAGUUUUUGUGGCCCCUAUAGAAGAAGGUCAUUUGGUCCCUAGAGAGGACCUCCAAUGGUGCCUGAGCCUAUAUGAAAAACUCUGACGUUCUAAGUUCUUUUCAAGCCGACGAAGUCGUACACGCAGAAAAAUGGCCAUUCUAGUCGUGUCAAACUUUGCAAAAAAAACAUAAAAACAAUAAAUAAAACUCAGAUCGCCUGCAAACGAGUACCCAACAUUGAAUUCCUCAAGACCUUGUGCCAAGUCGUCGAAGAAGACGUGGUCAGCGGCGUUCAGAAGAUUCUCAGAAGCCUAGAACACCUACUGGACCCCGAUGGCGUCUGUUCUGUCUUCCAAUUUUGCUGA